UCGCCGGCGGCGGCCGCCGCAUCAGGUGACAGCCCGGAAGCAGCGGAAGCGGAUGAGGGUAGCGCGGCCGCGGCCCUGGGGGGCGGCACGGAGCUGCGGGAGCCUCGGCCUCCUCCGGGCCGCCUGCGCGGCCCUCAUGCGGCGCCCUUGCUGACACCUGAAACCCGCCGCUUGCCGUCCUCCUGGGGACCGCGGGGUUCGCCGGGCCCGCCGCCCUCGGCGGUUGAAGUCGGCGGCUUGCGGGCCCGCGGUGGCCGCCCAUGGAGAAGGCCGGGCGGGGAGGCGAUGGCGCCCCCCGGGGGCCCGUACUGCACAUCGUGGUGGUCGGCUUUCAUCACAAGAAGGGCUGCCAGGUUGAAUUCUCUUACCCGCCCCUGAUUCCAGGAGAUGGUCAUGACAGCCCCACUUUACCUGAAGAAUGGAAGUAUUUGCCCUUCCUUGCCUUACCAGAUGGCGCACACAACUACCAGGAAGAUACUGUCUUUUUUCACUUGCCACCCAGAAAUGGAAAUGGAGCCACAGUAUAUGGUAUCUCCUGCUAUCGACAAAUUGAAGCCAAGGCAUUGAAAGUACGGCAAGCAGAUAUCACCAGAGAGACCGUUCAGAAAAGUGUCUGUGUUCUAAGCAAGUUGCCUCUCUAUGGCUUACUUCAAGCAAAACUUCAGCUCAUUACACAUGCAUAUUUUGAAGAGAAGGAUUUUUCCCAAAUUUCCAUUCUAAAGGAGCUUUAUGAACAUAUGAAUAGUUCCUUGGGAGGAACUUCAUUAGAAGGAUCCCAAGUAUAUCUUGGUCUGUCUCCUCGAGAUCUUGUGCUUCACUUUCGACACAAGGUCUUAAUCCUGUUUAAACUAAUUCUUCUUGAAAAAAAGGUUCUCUUUUAUAUUUCUCCAGUGAAUAAAUUGGUGGGUGCCCUGAUGACUGUGUUAUCCCUUUUUCCAGGCAUGAUUGAACAUGGUCUCAGUGACUGUUCUCAGUACAGACCCCGAAAGAGUAUGUCUGAAGAUGCUGGGCUUCACGAAAAUAAUCACCCUGCAGAUGAUUUUGUUUCUAUGUCUGCUCCUGACAUUUCAAAUACCAACUCAGGAACUGUUAAGAAAAUCAUGACAGGAAACCACGGAGGAGAUGCUGUCAUUAAGACCGAAGAACCAUUGCUCCAAGUAGAAGAUGACAGCAGCAAAGGACAGGAACCCAGUGAAACCAGUCAAUAUUUGAAACCUCCUUCUCGCCCAUCUCCAGAGUCUUCAGAAAGUGACUGGGAGACCUUGGAUCCUAGCAUCUUAGAGGACCCUACCUUGAAAGAAAGGGAACAGGGGUCAGAACAGACAAACUCAUUUCCAAAGGAGUCUAUGCCCUCAGACAGUCCUCCAAUUACUGUACAACCUCAAGCUAAUACAGGCCAGGUGGUACUGAUACCAGGGCUAAUUUCUGGUUUGGAAGAAGACCAAUAUGGCAUGCCCCUGGCCAUCUUCACAAAGGGAUAUCUGUGUUUGCCUUACAUGGCAUUGCAGCAGCAUCAUCUUCUCUCUGAUGUCACCGUCCGUGGAUUCGUUGCUGGGGCUACUAACAUCCUUUUCCGCCAGCAGAAGCACCUCAGUGAUGCCAUUGUGGAGGUAGAAGAAGCUCUGAUCCAGAUCCAUGAUCCAGAACUCAGGAAGCUGCUUAACCCAACCACUGCAGACCUCAGGUUCGCAGAUUACCUAGUGAGGCACGUGACAGAGAACCGGGAUGAUGUCUUCCUGGAUGGCACAGGCUGGGAGGGAGGUGAUGAGUGGAUCCGAGCCCAGUUUGCAGUCUACAUCCACGCACUCCUGGCUGCCACACUGCAGUUAGAUAAUGAAAAGAUAUUAUCGGACUAUGGGACAACCUUUGUUACAGCAUGGAAGAAUACUCACAACUACAGGGUGUGGAACAGCAACAAGCAUCCGGCACUUGCAGAAAUAAAUCCGAAUUGCUUGGGGUCAACCGCAAUCCUGAAGCAAAUGAUCCUUUUCGUGACUCAUCAUCAGAAGGUCGGUAGUAACCUAACACUACAUCACAGUAAAUGCCCUUCACCUCCCUUCAUCUCAUCACUAGGCAUUUUACCAUUCCACAUCAUCACAAGAAGAGGAAGGCCAUCCUUUUCAAGGCCAGUACUCCGUGUCAGACAUGAAGUUAAGAUUCUCACAGCCAGUCAGUUGGAGGAGCUUUUUCCAGUGCGAAGACAGCUAUGUCUUCGUGGCUUUCUACUUUCACCAGUCCUGCCCCCCAGAGUCUCACUGAGCCCCCUGACGGGAAGCCCUGAGCAAGGCGUCCAGAGACUGCUGUCGCUUCCUUAGGUUUAAAUGUCUCCUGUCUGUCUGCUGCUCCCAGACUGUUCUCUUCAUCGGCCACAGGUCCACAGCAGGGGACCAGGACGUCGAACUGUUUACAGGGACGGUUGUCCUCUGUCUAAUUGAAUGUCGCAGGAUGCUGGAAAGAUGAAAUCGCAGCCAUAGCAGGGAUGGCUUUCCAGGUUGGGGUUUAAAUUGACUACUUUUAUUUCAGUCUGAGCCUGAUUAAAACACAGUGAAACUUCUAAUGAAUUUUCAGUUCUGAUAGUGUACAUUUGUUUACUUUAGACAAGUUUUUACUUAUGUAAAUUUUGUUCUCUUUUCCUGUUUGAAUAUCCAGAUGGCCACUGUCAUUUAUAUGUGCUAAAAUUAAGUUAUAUUACUAUUCUAAUUUCUCUCAAGAUGGCCCUAAAAUGUGCUUAUAAAGUUAAGGGGCCAUACAAUCCAGCCCUUUGUUAUUACUUUGCUGAGUUAUAUGAUGAUUUUUUUUGUCGGUUUUCUGUCCACAAAAUAUAUUUAUCAGUUCACUUCCUCCCAGAAAUAUGAAAACCAGAGGUGGUAGUUCUGAGGAUGGAGUGUUUUGUUUCAUGUUUUUAAUUUAUUCUUUCCCAGUCCUAAACACUUGCUCUGAGGUGUCAAGGAGUGUCACUGCGCUUUCUUCCUCUUCCCAACUGUGCAGGUGGGUGUGCAGAGAAAUAGCAUGGUGCCGGUUGCAGUGGCGUUCAAGCAGGUUCACAUGAGUGUAUUUACAGUGGAGACUCUGGAAGACUUCGGUGUUAGUUCUGUCAACCCUAAUUAUGUUGCAGUCUUCUACAAGCAUUUUUUAACCCACAGUUUGUGCCUUCUGUUUCUUCUUUUGAACCGUUUUCCAUGGGUGUUUACAGAUGUACAGGUUUUUUUCUUAGUCUUCAUACAGCUUUUCAAGGCGUUUGGCCUUCCCACUCCCUGAUGAAAAAUCCUCCUGUAAUCAGUCCCUACCCCCUUAUGAAAGUAUUUAUAAAAGAAAAACAAGAUGAUCGAUAAAUAUUAAGUAGAAAUCUCAUCUUUGCUCACAUUUAGAAAACCAAGAGGCAAGAGAAGAAAAACACAGCCACAGUUUUCACAAAGGACCUCUGGUUUCACUUUAGAUACAUGCGUGUGUGUGCUAUCUACUGAAGAUUUUUACACAACUGGACCUCCUGUAUCUGCUGUGCUCAGCUCUCAUUUGCUUUUCAAGGGGACUUUGGAUGGGUGUUCUCAGGGAGUACUUAACAGGGGACAAACUGCUUGUUCAGUAACAAAGGACACUUGGAAAAUACAUUGUGAGUAUGAUCUACAUAUGAUAGAGUAUUGGGAAAACAUUUAAUUAAGGAGAACACUUGAUUAUAUUUGAUUUAUCCCUUAAGAACGGGGCGCCUGGCUGGCUCAGUUGGUAGAUCAUGUGACUCUUGAUCUCAGGGUCAUGAGUUCAAGCCCACAUUGGAUGUGUAGCCUACUUAAAAGAAUAAAAUAUUUUUAAAAAAUUAAGUGUUUACUUAAGAAGUAAAUUUUUCUAGAGCAUGUGGAAUGGACAUAGGGACGUAAUUCUAAAUAUCUCUAAAUUUUCCAAUUUGUGUUUUAAUACAAGUCCAGCAAAUCUGAAAGUGUAUUUCCAUUUGAGACAAUAACUCAGAAAUUCAGUGAUCAUCAGUGAAAGGGCUUAUGGUGAGAACUCUUCUUAAUUCCACUUCUGCUGGGAAACAGCCUUCUCAGGAAAUAUUAUUUGAAGAGAAGAAAAUAAUACCAAACAAAACCUUAAAAGGUACUUUAAUCAGUGUUGCACUUAAAGAAUUCAUUCUAACAUUUUGUUUCAUGAGGCCACAUCAUUAGUUGGAGUGUCAUAGUGUGGUUGUGCCUUUGGUGUGCAGUUGUUACCUCUCACCUGCCCAAAGUUUACAGAGCUGAGAGCACCGUGACAGGUGAGCCAGCACACUGCUUGUCCAUCCUCCAGUUUGGAUGGUGUGAGGGCUUAGGGUAAACUCCCAUCUCUCACUCUUCAGAAGCAGGCCAAUCCACAUUUUGAUACCCCACUGAAAUAAAAGUAGUUUACUUUAGGAUCACUUGUUCCCCAUUUUUAUAUAUACUUUUAAUGAACUUUCUGUUAAUGUUUCUGGUUAAGAGUUCAACUCUUAAGGUGGUUAUUUAACUGGCUUUCAACAUAAAUUGAGUAUCUCAAAAGAUAGAACUUUUGUUGGAGAAGUAGUCAAAACACCGAACCAUAUUUCCUUCAGGUUCUGGGAGGCAUUGGAGUUUUCAGGGAGCAUAAGCUAAUAUGUUGUUGGCAGGGGCCUGGGGGCAGCCAGCACACUUGAUGUCAGGAAGCCUGGCCCUUGUCGCAUGAGCCUGCAUGCUUGUCCCUUGGAUUCCAGGUGUCAGCUAAGUGGCCAGCCCCAGAGGCUGUAGCCUCCUUGGCUCUUUGAGCGAUGGAAGCCAACCUUAGGCCAUCUUUGGACAUCUCAGUAGUAAAGGUGGAUGUUUCGUUGGGCCAUACUUGCUCCAGUGCUUUUCUGUCUAAGAAUUGAGUAUUUGUAAGUAGGCCUGAGGGAGUUAGGGUCAGCCAGGCUUUUCCAGGGUGUGCCAGGCACAUGGACUGCAUCUGUAGCUUGCUGCUGCCCUCACUGCCAUCUAGGUAAGUCAAAGGAGUGCUGGCAGUAAGUCCCUGGCAUUAUUUAGUUCCUACUAAGGCAUUGUAAUGACAGUUUACAUAGGGAAGGAAAAGAGUUAAGGCUACCAACUGCCUGUCGUGGGCUAAGUGAAUAGAAAAAGUUGCAUGUCAGAGUGAGGUGUAGUUAUCUUGAGUAUGCAUUUGACUCUUGUAACUAGGGUGAAUAGCCUGUCCCCAGAUCCACUAGUGAUGUGCUAGCGCCCAGGCUCUAAAACAAUCCUCAUCUACUUUUUGCUCUAAGAAACAGCAGAAAUAUACAUGGGCAGCGAACCAGAGCAAAUGACGUGAUUUCCUCAACCUUAUCUUGCUUUCUGAGUUCUAUAUUAAGCAUUGCUUUUUUUUUUUUUUUUUUAAGAGUAGUUUACUUUAGAAAGGCAAGGAGAAAGCGUAUUAGAAGGGAGACAAGUAGACAAGUUAGAAGUCGCAAGGCUAAGAAACAAGUUACUUAAAACCUGAAUGAAGGCAUUUUGAGAGCAGUAUUUAAUGUGCUAAAGGUUAUAAGAAUUCUUCUACAAAGAAGUUAGAAUUUUAAUCUACUAACUGCAGGUUUUAAAAUGAAGCUAUAACAUUAUCUCCCUGACAGGCAGGUUUUGUUUUUACUUUGUUUUGUGGAAGUUAUAGCCAGCCAGUGUUUUUUUUCCCUCUGGGCCUCAUGAUGAGUUGGGGAGCAGUCAGCUCUGUGAGGGGCAGUGAGCUGAUCUUGAACCGCAUGAACUUUUAUCUGGGUCAGCAGUUUCUGGAGGUAGCCUUUUAGAAUGGUAGCUGCUAAAUAUCACCCACGUUUCAUUGGGCAGUUGGUUGGGACUGUUGAAAUGACAUCACGAUUUGCAUGCUCUGAUUCUUUGACCAGAGGUGGCACAGCAUUUGCGGCCUUUCCACCCAAAUCAGUGGUAGCCCCUGAGGCUGACAGGGAGUGCAGUCCCAGCUUCUAGAAGAUGAUUGUCCUUCCACGCGACACAGCAUGCCACUAGGAGUUUUUCAUUCCAGGUCUUUGGACUUCAUGACAUUGGAAUUGUUUUGUCAUAAUUUCUAACAUUCCAUAAAUAUUUGUCAAGGACAAAGAAAAGGAAUGUGGACCUUUAUUCUUUUCGUAUAAAUAACUUUGUACACAUGACUUCCUCUUUCCUAUGAAGGGGAAGAAAUUAGCUCCUCCCUUGUGUGGUAACUCCAGAAUUAAACGAUUGUGCACGUAGAGGGGUUGAGUAUAUUUUGUAAAACUCUAAUGAUUUGUAUUUCUGUGCUGUUCUGAAGUUUACCUUUUUACUUACAUUAAUUAAAGAUAUAGAAACUAUAUAUUUAAAUCAUGUAAAUGGGAUACAAUUUAGGGGGUUUUUUCCAGCCUUAUUUUUCAUCAGCUUCUCACAUACACAUAGUAUGCUGCUCAAACUUUUUCAUGUGCAAUAUAAACAUUUGAACAUUUCAGUCAGGUACUGAGCCAGAAAAGGUAAUUGAAGUUUUUAAAGAAAGCUUCUGUGCUUAGAAAAUAUUUGUUUUCUUGAAAUAUUAAUAAUUUAUAGCUGGAAAAAACGGGAUCAAGACUUAUGUGUUUCAGGCCACUUGGUCAUUGUUUCCUAAGUUUAAGAAGCAUUUGAUUAACAAGUUGGUGAAGGCAUUUAGUGGUCACAAAAACAGUUAAACAUUUGAGAUUAAAGGCUUCCCACAAACCCUCUCUAAGAAAGUUUAGCUAAGAAAUCUUAGAAAGUUUUCUGAGGAGGUUUAGCUGUGGCACAUGUUUUGAUCGGAAAAAUAGUUCCUCUUUGCUCCAGUAGUUUUAUAAUUUGUACUAGUUCUUUGUUUCUGUUGUCAUUUGUUUAAAAAAAAAUGUUAAAAUUAUAAAUCACGUCUAAUCAUAGUGAAUUGUAAAACUUCUACUGUAUCUUUAUUUUAAGGAAAAAUAAGAAUAAAAUUAUCCUGUUUGUCCUGCA